AUGAUUUGCGAGGAGGAACCAAAAUUGUCUACUUCUGUUAUUAAAGAGUUUGAAAAUGAUGAAGUUGACGGUAAAGUGAAUAUUCGUGAUAAUGAUCAUGAUACUUCACAGUUGUCUUUGGUUGAUCAUUAUGAGAUGAGGGAUAUGCCUACUACUGCUAAGUUAAAUAAAGGUUCUGUACAACUACAACGUGAAGUAGAAUUGAACGCAGAUGCAGUUCCAGAAGGUGUGCAUACUUGUGAGACAGUCAGUGUAAUUGAUCAGCGUGUAGCCCACCUAUCAUCAGAUGAUAGUGCUAAACCCGAACUAGUAGUGAAAGACAGCAGUGGUGGUAAUCUUGCAGUUAGACAACUAUCUGAAAGCCGAAAAAGAACAGCUUCUGAUCCACCGAUAAGUUCAUCAACUGGUAUCAAUCAGUUGUCGUUGGUGUUGUCAUCCACAAUGAAACAGACGCCCAUCAACUCAAGUAUCUUGUGCAAUGACUAUGAUAGUAUUGGUGCGUUUGAAAAGACGAAAGAUAUUGCUCAGUUUAGUGAGGAUAAGCCAAGUGUAAACGAGAGG